AUGGCUACCGUCAUCAUCCAGUACCCCAGCGGCCACGACUUUGAUGUCGACUACUAUGUCAAGACUCACAUGCCUCUUGCCGAGAAGACAUGGAAAAGCAAGGGUCUCCAGAGCGCCCAGGUCAUCAAGCUCGGCGGUGACAGCCCUUACCAGCUCUACACCAUCAUGAAGUGGGAGAGCAUGGCUCACUUCCAAGCUGCUGCCACUGCCGAGGACGCCAAGAACCUUCACGACGAUGUCAAGAACUUCACUACCGCCACUGCUGAGUUCCGCGUUGGCGAGACCAUUGUUGAUUCCAAGCUGUAA